AAGCCAAAUGUUUCAAAAUUGAUCUGAAUUGGUGCAUCGAUAAAUAUACCUCACUUGGGGCGUUGUGAUACCAUUUUUGGGGCCCAUAUAAAUACUUUACCGGCCGAUAUAUACACUACCGGCCAUUAUUAUACUUUGCCGGCCCAUAAAACCAUUCACCGGCCCUUAAAACAGCUAGAAGUCGGUGGGAUAAAUAAGCAGCAGCAGCACUCUAGUUGACCCCCAGUUACAAUUUACCACCCCAAGAAUGAACAGCCAGGGGCCCCAGUUACAAUUUACCGCCCCAUGAAUGGAGAGCCAGGGGCCCCAGUUAUAAUUUACUGCCCCAUGAUUCGAGAGCCAGGGCCUAGGGGGCCCCGAACAAUUUUUUAAAUAAAACGGAUAAUAAACGGACCAUAAAAGGGCGUGGCCCACCACGCCCAUAAGGCAUGCUUAAUCACGUGACAAAGAACUUAAAGAAGAGGCAAUAAUGGCGAAUGGGACUGAGGCUCGGACUGAGGAGAUUGUGGAUUUGACAGUUAUCAAUCAAGAUAAUAAGCGAGAAGAGACAGCAAAAGCAUUAGAAGUAGCUGGAGUAUCACAUUUACUUGAGAAAUUCAUUUCAGAAAAGGUCACUGUGGAUUUGAUACCGUUACUCGAAGACAAGCAGUUAGAAUCACUAGGGGUAAUUCACAUUGGUCAACAAGUGGUGCUUAGAAAUUAUUGCAAAAAGAAGAAAGUUCAAAGUGACGUAAACAGUGAAACUAAGAAGAUUUUUUCAGGUGCUUCUUCAUCAUCAAGCUGCAGCCAUUUAAGUUUACAAAGCACCAUUUCUAAAGCGACCAAGCUCAUCGAAGAGCUUAAGAGUAACCCAUCAGCUCGUACAGUCCGACAUACUAAGAAGCGUAAGAGAGGUGGAGGAGGUUCUUCACAACAGUUUCAAAGGAACCUCAUAAUUAUAGAUUAUCAAGACCAAGAUGAGGAUACUAUUUCAACCUUGCGAGACUAUGAAAAGAUCUAUGAAGGUGCAAUUAUUCUCAAUAGUGAUAUGUCCGAAGACGACAUUCGUAGGGAAAUAGUAUCUCUUUUAAAGUCUAAAAAAACAAUGUUCCACGUAUUUGAUGGAAUAACUGGAGAGGAUAUACAAUUUGUGAAGUGUGCAAAUAGACGUGUUAGAGUGCCUGAUGGAAAAUAUAUUGUCGAUGGAAAUGGAAUAAAAGCCAUGUAUAGAAAUGGUGCUGUUUAUGUCAGACUAACACGCUCAUUUUCCAUGUUGGAUAUUCCAGUCAAGUUUCCUAAGGCUUCAAGUCCUCCAACAGUUACUUUACCACCUCGUGUCAUUUUGCCAAGUAUCACAUGUACCUCCAACGUCACUUUGUCACCAUCAUCGUUCACUGUAGCUAAUGCAAGUGCUACCAUUGCUUCACCACCUGGUAUUGUACCUACUGGUAUUGUAUCGUCUGUGAUGGUACCCAGUACAAUAAAUAAUGUAGGGGUUUCAACUCAUUUGACAGUUUCUACACCCCUUAAUACUGCCACACAUACCUCAAGUUGUGAACAUUCAUUUUCAGAUCCACAGCAAGAAUAUGUCGAUAUUCUUAGUGACAGUGAGGACAUUAUUUUUGAGGACACUAACUGUCAAUUGGCAAUUGAGGAGAGUAUAUCUGCAAGUUCUAAUCCUGCCUGCUCUGAUUUUGAGAGUGUUAGUGACAUGUUACAGUGUCAUAUCAAGAAAGUGUGCUCUGUUGCUAUAAUACCAGAUGAAAGGCAACAAAUUGUGGUACGAAGGAAGCAUAUCUGGAGUGAUGCCAAGCGUGCAUUGAGGAGACCUAGUUUCAACAGUUCUAUUGGUCUUAAUGUUCAGUUUAUCGGAGAGGAUGCUCAUGAUGCUCAUGAUGCUGGAGGGCCUUCAAGGGAGUUCUUCCGACUUGUUUUGAAGCACAUGUGUGAAGAUGGAAAUCUGUUUGCUGGGUCCACUACUGAACGAACGCUAGUGCAUAAUGUUCUUGCUCUGGAGUCAAAAGAUUAUUAUAUUGUUGGUCAACUUAUUUCAUUGUCCUUAAUUUAUGGUGGGCCUGCUCCUCAUUUUUUUUCCCCUUCUGUUGUUGCCUAUCUUCUAAAUGAGCCACUGACUACUAGUAUGGUGAAUGAGAUUGCUGAUAUUGAUUUGCUCUCCUCAAUCAAGAAGUUAAUGGAUACAUCUUGUAAAGAAGAGAUGCAAGAGCUACUUGACUCCGAUAAUUUUUCUUUUCGUUUUGAUGUCGGAGUUAAUGUACCCUCUUGUUCACUGAAUUUUGAAGACAAAGAUCAGAUUGUUCUUGCAUUUAUAAAAAGUCACCUUAUUUACUCUUGUAAAGGAGAAUUAGAUCAACUUAAAGAGGGGUUAGAAUGCUUAGGAGUACUGAAAUUACUACAGGAUUAUCCCAAAUUAAUGCGACCAUUACUCAUGUCGUCCGGAAAGAAGCAAUUAAAUGCAACAGAGCUGCUCAAUUUGUUUACAAUUGUAUGGUCACCUGUAGGAUCUAAUGCAAGAGAGUCUGAAGAAUCAGUGAUUUAUGCAUGGACCAAUUACGUGCAUGAUUGUGCUGGUGCUGGUCAUAAGGUCAAUGAUAAUAUAGUUAUAACUCUAGAGAAAAUAUUAACAUUUAUUUCUGGUUCAGAUACAGUCCCUCCAAUGGGGUUUGAUGGAAUACCACAGAUAUGUUUCACUGGUCCUAUACAUAAUAGUGGGAGGGCUCCUGAUAAUAAGGACAUUCGUCUACCAUCUGCAUCAACAUGUGGGCCCAUACUCUACCUACCAUUAUGCUUGACUGACCCUGAUCUUUUUACAGAAAAGAUGGACACUGCUAUUAUUGGUGCACAGAUAUUUGGUAUUCCUUAAUUAUUUUGCUACUCAACUAUCAUUUGUUUUGUUACUAAUUAGCUUAUAUAGGCUUUCCUACUAUGUAUUUUCACAUUUAUCACUUUUCAUUUAUCACUUCAUUGAU